GCACCCAGGGAAUUCUGAUACAUGCUAAAGUUUGAGAAUCACUGCUCUAGAGAAAUGCACAAACGUUACUUAUUAGAGAUUAAACAAAAGGCGAAGGGGUGGAGGGCGCGGAACGGGCCUCAGGGGCAGAGCAGAGUGCAUUUGAGAGGAACCUGGAAGAGGCCGAGGUGCGACUUGAGGAGUCGUAUACCUGCUGCCUAGGCCUCUGAGGACGGUCCCGAACCCUCGGAGGCCGGGCGCCAGCAGGUGGCGCUGGACGCACAACUGACCUGGAGGCGGAGCCUGCAGCAGGCGUGGAGACGCGGCGCUCGGGAGGCUCGGGCUCCGCGUGGAGUCGGCACCUCCCGGCAGCAGCGGCAGCCGAGACUCACGAUCAAGCUACGGCGAGGAGUGGGUAGCUGAAGCCAUACUAUUUUAUAGAAUUAAUGGAAAGCAGAAAAGACAUCACAAGACAAGAAGAACUUUGGAAAAUGAAGCCUAGGAGAAAUUUAGAAGAAGAUGAUUAUUUGCAUAAGGACACAGGAGAGACCAGCAUGCUAAAAAGACCUUCGCUUUUGCAUUUGCACCCAACAGCCCAUGCUAAUGAAUUUGACUGCCCUUCAGAACUUCAGCACACACAGAAACUCUUUCCACAAUGGCACUUGCCAAUUAAAAUAGCUGCUAUUAUAGCAUCUCUGAGUUUUCUUUACACUCUUGUGAGGGAAGUAAUUCACCCUUUAGCAACUUCCCAUCAACAGUACUUUUAUAAAAUUCCAAUCCUGGUCAUCAACAAAGUCUUGCCAAUGGUUUCCAUCACUCUGUUGGCAUUGGUUUAUCUGCCAGGUGUGAUAGCAGCAAUUGUCCAACUUCAUAAUGGAACAAAGUAUAAGAAGUUUCCACAUUGGCUGGACAGGUGGAUGUUAACAAGAAAGCAAUUUGGGCUUCUCAGUUUCUUUUUUGCUGUACUGCAUGCACUUUAUAGUCUGUCUUACCCAAUGAGGCGGUCCUACAGAUACAAGUUGCUCAACUGGGCAUAUCAACAGGUCCAACAAAAUAAAGAAGAUGCCUGGAUUGAGCAUGAUGUUUGGAGAAUGGAGAUUUAUGUGUCUCUGGGAAUUGUAGGACUGGCAAUACUGGCUCUGUUGGCUGUGACAUCUAUUCCAUCUGUGAGUGACUCUUUGACAUGGAGAGAAUUUCGGUAUAUUCAGAGCAAGCUAGGAAUUGUUUCCCUUCUACUGGGCACAAUACACGCAUUGAUUUUCGCCUGGAAUAAGUGGAUAGAUAUAAAACAAUUUGUAUGGUAUACACCUCCAACUUUUAUGAUAGCUGUUUUUCUUCCAGUUGUUGUCCUGAUAUGUAAAAGCAUAUUAUUCCUGCCAUGCUUGAGGAAGAAGAUAUUGAAGAUUAGACAUGGUUGGGAAGACAUCACCAAAAUUAACAAAACUGAGAUGUCUUCUCAGCUGUAGAAUUACUGUUUACACACAUUUGUAUUAAAUAUCGAUAUAUUUUAUCACCAACAUUUUAAGUUUGUAUUUGUCAAUAAAAUGAUUAUUCAAAGAU